UGUAUCAGCAUGGUUCCGGAAGGCACUCGGUGGCGGCGCGGGGUAGAUUGUGAAGACGUAUAAAGAGCGAUUCAUCAUUGAAGCUGUUGAACGCACCAGAUAUUGAUCAACCCUUGAGUGGCAUCUCUCAACAUGGUACGGACACUGAGUCUGGUUGGAUUAGCUGCCACUGUUGCGGCUCAAUUCAACAUCAAUCAUACUCAGUAUGGAACAAGUCCACCAGUGUAUCCUUCACCGCAGAUGAGCGGAGCAGGUGGUUGGGAAGGUGCACUUGAAAAAGCUCAGGCUUUCCUUGCUGAGCUGACAACUGAGGAGAAAGCGCAGAUAGUCACAGGUACUGCAGGUCCAUGCGUUGGCAACAUUGGACCAAUCGAGAGACUCAGCUUCAGUGGCCUCUGUCUCCAAGAUGGGCCACUUGCUAUCCGGCAGGCCAUCUAUGCGUCUGUGUUCUCAGCGGGUCUUUCAUCUGCAGCAUCGUGGGACAGACGACUGGUUCGACAGCGUGGAGCCUACAUCGGUGCGGAAUUCAGAGGCAAGGGCGCUCAUGUCGCUUUAGGCCCAGUUGUGGGUCCACUAUCGAGGUCUCCGUUUGGUGGGCGUAAUUGGGAGGGUUUCAGCCCUGAUUCGUACCUUUCCGGGGUCCUAGUUGAGGAAUCCGUCUACGGUAUUCAGAGUGCCGGUGUCCAGGCUUGCAUAAAGCACUACAUCGGCAACGAACAGGAAACCCAGAGGAAUCCAUCUACUGUCAACGGGACCACGAUCGAGGCCAUCAGCUCAAACGUAGACGACAAGACAAUGCACGAGACCUACCUCUGGCCCUUCGCCAAUGCGGUACGUGCUGGGACAGCUUCAAUUAUGUGCUCGUACAAUCGUAUCAACGGUAGCUAUGGCUGCCAGAACAGCAAGACUCUCAAUGGAUUGCUCAAGGAUGAACUUGGUUUCCAAGGCUAUGUAAUGAGUGAUUGGCUUGCGACUCACUCUGGCGUUGCCAGUAUCGAGGCCGGGCUGGAUAUGGACAUGCCUGGCGGCAUCACCUUCGUUAUCCCAAAUCCGUCAUUCUUCGGUGGCAACGUCACAACCGCUGUCAACAACGGCUCCCUAUCGACACAGCGAGUCGAUGACAUGGUCCUCCGGAUCAUGACACCUUACUUCCAUUUGAAACAGGACGUCGACUUUCCACCCAUUGAUAACUUUUCUUCACGCCUUGGUUUCUUCCCGGCUAGUGAGUACCUGUACAACUUCACACUUGGCCCUAUUGUCGACGUCCGCCAGGAGCAGCACGCACAGCUUAUUCGCGACCUUGGCGCAGCAGGCACAGUCUUGCUGAAGAACGCCAAUGGAGCUCUGCCCCUCAAGACCCCUAAGAAUAUCGGUGUCUUUGGCAACGAUGCUGCUGACUUGACGCAAGGUCAAUACUCAUUGUCCAGCACCGGCACAACUCUCUUUCAAGGCGACUACAACAUUGGUACUUUAGCUGUUGGCGGUGGAUCUGGCACAGGCCGUUUCACGUAUGUUGUCUCACCCUUGGAGGCUAUCAAGGCGCGCGGACGAUCUUACGGAGCUAUUGUGCAAUACAUCACCGAUAACGAAUACCUCACUCUGGGUGGUCUCGCCGCUCUAGCACCUGCACCGCCAGAAGUUUGCAUCGUCUUUCUGAAAUCCUGGGCAAGCGAAGGAUCUGACCGCUCAACACUGAUUGCGGAAUGGAACUCAACCGUUAUUGUGAACCAGACUGCUACCCUGUGCAACAAUACAGUUGUAGUCCUCCACGGUGCAGCACCAAACACAAUGCCGUGGCGCGACAACCCCAAUGUUACGGCAAUUAUUGCAGCGCACAUGCCUGGACAAGAGUCCGGCAACUCUAUCGCCGACAUCCUGUGGGGUGAUGUCGAUCCGUCUGGUCGAUUGCCAUACACGAUUGCGAACGAAGAGACUGACUAUGCCAAAAACCUUGUAAACAGCACAGCUCUCGUAACGAGCACUGACCCAGACGCCUGGCAAGCUGACUUUGUUGAGGGCAACUUGAUCGACUACAAGGAGUUUGAUGCUCGCAAUGCCAGCGUGGCCUUCGAGUUCGGUUUCGGACUGAGCUACACCACGUUCAACAUUUCCAAUCUCCAAGUCCAAGUCAAUGGUAGCAACGCUUCGAGAACACCCAAUCCAGCCGCUCCGGUCCGGCCCGGUGGCAAUAUUGAGCUUUGGGCCACGCUUGCUACUGUCAGUGUGACUGUGUCCAAUACAGGCUCAGUGUCUGGCGCCACGGUCCCUCAACUCUACCUCUCGUACCCAGAAGAGGCCAAUGCACCUCACCGCAGCCUACGAGGCUUCGAGAAGGUUGUUCUCAGCGCGGGCAUAUCUGGAACGCUCAACUUUCCACUCACUCGACGUGACCUGAGUUACUGGGACACCAGGACGCAGCAAUGGACAUUGCCAACUGGUGCUAUCGAGGUACAUGCUGGUUUCAGCUCAAGGAACCUGCCUCUUCGAGGCAGUUUGACUGUCUAAGCUGUAGGCACCUUGUAUAACGAGACGUACACAAAUCAAUGGAAUAGCAUUCGCUGACUACAAGUUUCUAUUUGACUGCUCGUGCACAAGUCUUUGAAACCAAUUUAAAUUUCCUUCAAGAAUACCUGA